ACCUUAUUAUUACUCUUAUCAGCUCUGAUAAGAAAGUUUAUAUUUUAUUUGCAAGAAUUAAUAUUCUAAUAAAUAUUUAUAUAAAUGAUAGCUUAUAGGUUUAAGCUAUGAAUUUCACCAACUGGGUUUUUCUUGGUCUUGCUGUUUUUCUCUUUUAUAGCUACCCACUUCCAUUUUCUUACAAGAAUAUGGCUGAAGAAUCAUCAAAGUCUAUCUAUGAUUUCACUGUUAAGGAUAUUGGUGGAAAUGAUGUGAGCUUGAGUGAAUACAGUGGGAAGGUUCUUCUGAUAGUGAAUGUUGCUUCCAAAUGUGGAUUAACACAAUCAAACUACAAGGAAUUGAACGUCUUGUAUGAAAAAUACAAAACUCAAGGUUUUGAGAUCUUGGCAUUUCCUUGCAACCAGUUUGCUGGACAAGAACCAGGAAGCAAUGAGGAGAUCCAAGAAACUGCAUGUACAAUUUUUAAAGCUGAAUUUCCAAUUUUUGAUAAGAUUGAUGUCAAUGGAAAGAACACAGCACCCCUCUACAAGUUUCUUAAAUCGGAAAAAGGUGGAUAUUUCGGAGACGCCAUUAAGUGGAACUUCUCUAAAUUUCUUGUAAACAAGGAGGGGAAGGUUGUGGAGCGAUAUGCUCCGACUACUGCACCCCUUAAAAUUGAGAAAGACAUUCAGAAUCUGUUGGGAGCAUCUUAAGUAAGAAGACCAAGAAUCUUUUCUCUUAUCAGAGUCUUAUAGUGCUUUAAAGUUCAAUGGUGUAAUAUCUUUUAUUACAGAGAUUGGGAUGUUUUGCGUGAGGAGAAUUUGAUAUCCUGGUUUGGAUAAUAUAAACUAUCUGAUUAAUCAACCUCGCAUAUGGUACUUGUGUAUUGAUUGGUUAAAUUGAAUAAGUCGAUGUCCUAUUAUAAGCCA